AUGAUUGCUCUUUGUACACAUUCAACAGGAACCUUACAACAUCAGUACGUUGGAAAAAGACUUUCCAGCGGAGUGUCUCUGCAUCGCCACCAUAGAAGUGUUGAUAAGGUGGAGAGAAUCCACCAAAAAACUCUUCAUCUAGAUUCACAAGGAACUAUACACAAGGUAGAGGCUGAGGACCAUAUAAUAAUAGAAAAUCGACUUCCCGAACGAGAAAAACGAAUUCCAAUGGAAGGGGAAUACGUCAUCAAUGAUUAUAGUGAAGGUGAAAUUGGUCCUAUACAUGCAAAAGCGAAAGUUGAUUUGCGACUUGUUGUCAAAAGAAAACAGACAGCCUUCCUCAAAGCAGAAAAACAAAUUCUCCACGACGAUGACAUCAUCUUUAAAAAGAUUGAAAAGAAGGUGGAUAUUGGAAGUGUAUCUGUAAACUUAACCAGAGCAUUGUCGUGCAUACACAACUAUACGGAUAAAUCGGACGAAAACAGAGCAUUGUGUGUAAACAAUCUUCGAAACGCACUCUUAAGUGUAAAGACUGUUCAGCUCAUUGCGUUUUGCGACAAGAUAUUUAGAAAACAAUGCAAAGUUGAUGACGUUUUGUGCAAAGACGAAAGAUAUCUUUUCCUUGAUAUUUUAUCUCGAAAUGAUGACCAAGAUAUACAAAGGCUUAUUGUUAACCAUUUCCUCAAAAGCGAUCACAAUGAUGACGAAGCUCUCCGACGGAUUUUCAUCCACGUUGCAGCUCUAACACGACCAACAGAGGAACUGAUUUCAUGCAUUGCAAGAAAAUGUUUUGGAGAAAACGGAACACAGCAUGGAUCUCGAAAUUUAACCAAGACAACUCAAAGGGCAUGUUUAGCUCUAGGGAAUAUUGCUAGAACAAUUUCGUCAACUAAUAUGACUAGAGCAGAGGAGCUGAUGGCAAAAGUAGCAUCCUGGAUACAUGCACAGGAUAGUGGAGUUAAGUUUCGCUACACCCGCUCCGUGGGAGAGUACAAUCCCGCUGUUAACGACGACCAUAUGCUAUCGAAAAUGGCUUUGUUACAUACACUGGGUAACGCCGGAUUAGAGAGUUCUAAGCCACACAUCCUGAUGUAUUUGGAACCCAAUUUUAAACACUCAGCAUGGAGGAGAGCUGCUAUUGAAGCUACACGUCACUUUCAUUGCCGUGAGAGUGCAGUGGCAUUACUAACAAUUCUUAAUAAUGACAACAUCAUUAGUGUGCGGAAAAUGGCUUUGGAAAGAUAUAAAAAGCACCCAGAGAGAAAUCACAUGUCUGAAGAAGAGGAAAAUAUCAUACUCAGCAAGUCGUAUACUUACCCAGUUGUCGCCCGUGUGAGAAGGGGCCUGCUGGAUGUCUUGUUCGAACCAAUUGUUGACUUUCUUAUCGCACUACCCGAAUUUCACUGGAAGAAAGAAAUAGGAAAUGCUAAAAUUGGAGCGAGCUUUGGACUGGAUUUUGUAAACAAAAUUCAUCUAAGAAUAGCCCUGAUUCAAGGUUUUUUCCGGAUUGAUAUCCACGAUCGACUGUUUGCAGAGGCCCACAUCGGAAUAAUAAAUUUCCAGAAAUAUAUACUUCUAAUAGACGUUUGCUACAAAGGACAUAUUGAAUACAAUCUAAAUCUCCUUAAGGAUUAUGUUUUUGAUAAAACUGGAAACAUGAUCAAAGAAUAUGACAAGCUUGCGCAGUCUAUCGUCUCCCCUAUUGUACAAGCUGCGAAGGGAAUCUCAAAUAUAUUUGAAGGCGCCAAGGCGAGACAAGGGGUGUUUGGUGAAAUUACCAGGUCAGUCAAAAGUAUUCCAACCCAGAUGGAACAACUAGUUGAAGCGUCCACAGAAUUUGUUUCCAAAAUGAAUCAUCUGGAUGGCGUACCAGUCUUCAGACACGCUAAAGAACUGGCCAAUAAAAUACAAGCCUUCGCAGAAUCAGUGAAAAGUGACGCAGUCGAAUUCUACAAUAGAGUGUCUGAUGCAGCCCUUGUAUCUUUUCCAUAUUCUGAACAAGAAAUGGUCAACGCUCUUAACUCUAUCAUCAAGGUCCAGAAAAAAAUAUCUGAUCAUCCACGACAAGGAUUUGCAGAAAUAGAUCAGGCAAAAUUAAGAAUGAAAAUGGCUAUGUCCCGGUUAAUAGAAGCUAAAACAAAGCUUACAGAAACACUAUCAGCUGAUCAAGGGUCAAUGCCAGAAUGGCUUUCAGUAUCUGAGGACAUGAAUGUAUUCAAAGACAAACUUCAAGAGCUUCGAGUAGAACUGCGAGAACACAUUACGCUUCCCUUAGACGUUGAUAGUUAUAAUCUACAGAUGAUGAUUGUAAUGCCAGUAAAUGGAAUGGUCUUUAGGUCUGGUAAUUCAGAUGAGCUCCGGAUAGUACCAGUUAUUGAUGACAUGAAAGAAUUCGAAAUUUUUCUAGGAAACGUUGAAAUAAAAAUAUCAAUUGAUGACCGUGGUACCUAUGUUAAGUCAGGUGGAAUAAUAGCAAGCCCAGGUGGUAGUAAUGGUUGCAAAGACGAGUACUUCCAUUUAGCAAUGAAAAAUUCAAAAUCAUCUCAUCACAUUGAUCCUUCAUCAUUUGUUGACAAUGUCGAUUUACUACCAAAAUGGAAAGAAGAAUGCAAAGAAUUCACUUUUAAACACAUUGGUGUAAAUGAUCUAGGUAAACUAGGUAAAGGUUUUAUGGAUCUGUUGAAAAAAUUUGUCAAAAGAGCUCUGGAAUGGGUGAAAACGCAUGUUCUUGAUAUAAUAAUGAAACUAUUACCAGACAGUCCAAUUCUUGGUAAAAUUGGGAAAAUCGCAAAAGCAUUCUUGGGCAUUAUAAAUUCAGCAAGUAACCUUGGUAAUAUGUUUGCUGAUAUGGGUGAAAGUGGUAAUACCUUUGGCGAUUUUCAUUCCAAUAUGGAUGCAUUUGGUGACAUGUUCAAAGGGGUUGGCGAGCUUGGAAAAAAUGCUGGAAUAUUGUUGACAGAAGUUGGAGUUCCUGAAGAAAUAACGCAUGGUUUUUCAAAUUUUGCAAACGUUGCUAACUUAGUAGGUAGCGGUUUUGACAUUACUGGCGAUCUAGUUGGAAGUGGUGCGGACUUUGAAAGUGGUAAUGCUUUAGGUAUUGCCGGUGAUUUACUAAAAGAUACUGGUGAAAUUGCCGGCGAUUUAAAACAUGUUUUGAAUGAUGCCGGAAUUUCAAACCACAUUACAGAUGCUUUAGGCAUUGUUCAAACUGUGACGAACGGUGCUGAAAGUGUCAUGGACACAAUAAACAAAGUAUCAUCGGGAGAUGAGUUGAGUGGAGACUUUUCAGGGAUCGUAAAUACUAUGUCGUCAACAGUCAGUGAUAUAUCAGGAACGGCAAGUCAUCUUUUGCAUGAAGUAGGUGUGUCCUCUGAUGUUACAGAUGUUUUUGAUAAGAUACAGAAGGGUGCAGAUGACGUAAGUGGUAUUGUGGAUAGUAUGACUAAUUUUGACGCGAGUAAGAAUGGUGAUGCUUCGGUUUUAGAUACAAUACAAAGUGUGUCAAAAAAUGCAGGAGCUUUUUCUGGGAGAAUGGCAAAUUUUUUGAAUGAUAUAGGCGUAUCAAAGGAAAAUACAAAAAUACUGAGGCAUAUACAGACAGGCGCAAACGGGCUUGCUGGGUUUACUUCUUCCAUUGAAUCAACAGUUAAUUCGUUCAGUGAUACGUCUGGAAACGUGUUUGCUGAAUCAUCAGAACGUGCGUUUGGAAUUGCUGAUGUAUCCAGCUCGUUAAAGCACUUUUUGAGUGGAGUUGGAGUUUCGGGUGAUGUAACUAAUGUACUAGGUGACAUAGAAAUGGUGGCAAACACAGUAAAUGGUGUUUCCCAUACAGCUGGAACCAUUGUAAGUGAUAUCAAAGAUAUACAUCCUGGACUUGCUGACCCCAAGAAAAUAUUAAGCAGCAUUUCUGGUGUCGCAAAAAGUGUUGAAAAUGGCAUUUCUGAUAUGAGUGAAUUGUUUUCCGAGCUCGGAAUGUCCAACGAGAUAUUGGAUGCAAUAUCACAGAUAAAGAAAAGUUCUAAAGAUUUUUCAGGUUUGGCUGCAAGCGUUGAAAAAACUUUUGGUGAUAUUUCCAACAUUACAAAAAGUGGAGGAAUAAAUAAAUUUGCAAGCAGUCUUUCAAAACUUGCGUCAAAUGUAAAACAAGGUGCUGCAUCUAUCGGGAAAUUUACCACAGUGUUGAGAAAUAAAACUUUUACUGAAAGUCCUCUACAAAAUGACACCUCAUCGUCAGGGAUAAGUGACAUAGUUUCAAAAUUUAAAAACGUAGAAACCGUUGCAAAGGCUAUAACAGAAACAUUCAAGGGAUCUCCAAUCAUUGCCAGAAGUCCAGAUGGAGGUUUACUGGGGAAAGUGAACGUCGGUGCAAUGACUGUCGAUGACUUUUUAUCUUCUGCAAAUGAUGCUGCAGACGAAAUACGUUCGAAGUUACCUGAGAUAGAUACAUUGAUUAGUACACUUGUCAACGCUACAGAAAAUGUUCCCCUCCAGUCAUUGAUAUCUGCAUCAUAUGAAACAUUCCAGGACAUUGCAAACCAGUAUGACUUGACUCUUGAUGGGGACAAAACGUCAAUGACAUCAAUGGUUUACUUAUUGCCCGGAAAAGAUGGCCUUAUACAAAUACCUAAGAUGACUAUUGAAAUAAGUGGUGGUUUCCAAGCCGUUUUAUCAGGAUCCAUGGAGCUGACGGAAAACUUUGAACUUUUGUUAAGUUCUUCUAUAAAGACUUGCAUUCCAAAUGUACAGAGAUGUUUCCCACGUGUGAAAAUUCUCGAUAAUUUGAAAGUUAAUUUAAACUUUACUACAACAUCAGAAUAUCCUAAAAGGAAAAAAAGAAUGGCUUUGAUGUCAGAAUUUGGUGCAGGUGGAGCUAUUGGAAUGUCAAUUUCAAGUGAUGUCCGAUCGAAAAGUGGAACAUCUGUAUUUGUUAUUGCUCCUUGGAUAUCUGGAGAGGUAUAUGGCGGUGUAUCAGUCAGUUUACUUAUCGCAAGCGGAGGACUAAGACUAAUUGGUUACAUAAUGAAAACUAGAUUCCCUUACACAACGGAGACUUACCAAUCGAAAUCACCAGUAGAAGUUGUACAAAAACUUGACGUCGAGUUAAUUCCUUUGGAACUAAAACUUUGUGCUUGGGCAAAGGUAUUUGGAGCAACCGUCUUCGAGAGCUGCUUUUGGAAGUGGAGUUGUCCUCCAAUUAAGUGGAAUAUUUUUACAAGGAGAAAGUUUGGGAAACGAGGAAAACCGCCGACAUUUGCCAAUGGGUGCAAAAUCAAACAACUACAAGGACGACAUCCAACAGAUACAGCUUUUCACUUAGAAACAUAUCCAGAAGAUGAGGGAAGUGAUCUAAAAUUAUCAUAUGCAAUUGGAACAAAUCCUGGAGGUACAGAUGUGUUAAGUUGGCAAAACUUUCAGGGAACAAGUCUUGUAUCCCCUGCUAGGUUAGAGAACGGAAUACCUCUUCACUGGACUGUCAAAGCAAGAAACACGGAAGGCUUGGAAACUGUAGCGCAAUGUUCAUUACAAACAUAUGACAACACUAAUCCCGACGGCCGAGUGGAAGCAACCUAUCCUUACUCUUCCCAUCCUGGUUCUUUGUCAGGUUCUGUGAUGAUUCUUGAUGAUUCGCCAUUAAUCAAAAAUAAUUUGAAAGCAUUGGGCUACAGUCCUGGACCUUACGGGAGCGAAGUGAUUCCUUGGUAUAAGUUAGACCUACAUUCAUCCAGUGAAAGAAAGGGUAUAUAUUCCGAUCUCAAGCACUUUUCACAACGAAGAGAAGGAAAGUUAACUGCGAUUCCUGUAAAGUCUUUCGAAACAAACGACGAAACCGUAAGGACCUUUCGCAUCUCUGCAGAAGACGGGAACGUACAGUAA